AUGGCGCCGACAGCGCAAGCUCUAACCGCUCUUGUGGCACUCGCCACACUUGCAGUAGGAGCGCGGGCCUACCUCGUCCUCGUGCCCGAUACGGCGCCCCCUGGCCACGCAGUUCUCGACGCUGCCGUAUAUAAGCUCGGCUCCGAACGUACUUACACCAUCGACGUUCAUCGCACCGCUAAUUUUGUCCAUCAUAUUCUUAGAGUCAACAGAACCACUGGCCUCGUUACCCUCAGGAAAAGGCUCAGAUGCGAUGGUGUUCUAUACCCCAAUCUUUUCACCUUCUAUGUGGACUCCACUUCUGAACGGAUUCGAGAUAUCGACUACUAUAGUCUCCCAAUAAGAAUUCUCGUGACAGGCGAAGAUUGUAGCCGGCGACAUGCUGAACUUUAUGAGAUUGAUUUUGAUCGAGUCUACGACCAGGAAGAUGCUGCACUACAAUAUGAAGAUGAUAACGUACGAGAUAAAAGACAAGCUACAUUUUCAGAACCUAUAGAUUGGAGAUUGUUCGAAGAUGAAGAGGCGGAAGCAGCUAGUCAUUAUAAUAUACUUUCCACGGCUUACCCGUGGUCGAUGGCCAUGUUCGAAGACUACGUAGCUAAAAACAGAACUAGAAAGAAACGAUCUCACACUGUGAUACCUUUCGAUAUGGCCGUCGAUGUAAAAAUAGCUGAAGCCAAAAAGUGGAUUUCGGAAACGUAUGCUAGCUUCGCUAUACCGACCACUGACAGGUGGCAAGGGAUAUGCUUGAGAAGUUCGCAAUUUAUUAACUCCCUAACGGCCUUUUUACCGAGGACAGUACAAAAGAUGUGCAAAGUGCAGUUUUUGGACGUAAGUGACCCUCGGUUCACUAUUGAAAAUAGUCAAGGUGAUUUAGUUGCUAGUGCUGACGUGUGUAUACAUGAGCCAAUGUGGAAGGUGUCCAUUCUCUUUACGUUCAACUGUGAUCGGACUAACAUCAUCGACUCUGACCACAGACUGAAAAUAGUGUACCAUCAUCAAGAGUUGAACGACACUGAUAUUGCUAGAAGAGUGAAGAGGGAACUGCGGAACCAAUCUCCAUACUUCGAGCAAGCUCUUUACGUAGCUUCCGUUGCUGAGGAACAACCGUCUGGAGUAGUAGUCACUACAGUUAGAGCGCGUGACCCAGAGAACAGUCCAGUGACGUACACGAUGUCAAGUCUGUUGGACUCACGAUCUGCGGGGAUGUUCGCCGUGGACUCUAGGACUGGUGUAGUGACAACGCAAGCACGCCUGGACAGAGAACGUCUCGACGUGCACUAUUUCAGGGUGGUGGCACAAGAUGACACUUUCCCGCCGCGCAGUGGAACUACGACUUUACAGAUUAACGUUUUGGAUUGCAAUGACCAUUCGCCUGUAUUCGAAAUGCAACAGUAUGAAGCCUCUGUGAGAGAAGGCGCCAGUCCUGGCACCACAGUUCUAACGCUAAAAGCAACUGAUCAAGAUAUUGGCAAGAACGCUGAGGUGGAGUACUCUAUAGAAUCGGUGACAGCGGAGACACUGACCCCGGGCGGUGAGAAUGAAUCGAUUGACACCAGCUCGGAGCAGGGCGAGGUACAAGACGUGUUCAGGGUGGACGGCCGUAGUGGUGCGUUGUUGACCAGAUCACCUUUAGACAGGGAGAAAGUGGCACGGUACUCUGUCAUAGUAAAGGCCACGGAUCAAGCGAGCCCGGUGUCUGAUAGACUAUCUAGCACGGCGACAGUCCACGUGAACAUCUUAGACGACAACGACAACUACCCUCAGUUCAGUGAGAAGACCUACACUGUCACCGUGGACGAGGACAUCAGCGUCAAUGACAAUCCUGUAGUCGCCAGGAUCAAAGCUACGGAUGCAGACGUUGGCGCAAACGCAGCGAUACGUUACGCUAUCAUCGGUGGCAACACACAGAUGCAGUUCUCGAUCGACAGCCUGAGUGGUGACGUUUCUUUGGUUAAACCACUGGACUAUGAACAACUGAGGAGCUACCGACUCGUCAUCAGGGCUCAAGAUGGUGGUAGCCCAUCCCGUUCGAACACCACUCAGCUACUGGUGAACGUGCGCGACGUCAACGAUAACUCGCCGCGUUUCUAUACGUCACUGUUUCAAGAAUCUGUUAGCGAAAAUGUUCCUGUUGGAUACAGCAUAGUCAGGGUUCAAGCAUACGAUGCAGACGAGGGCGUGAACGCUGACCUGACGUACACGUUAAUGGACAAGGAGUACAAUGGCAACCUUGACUUACCGAUCACAAUAGACUCGCGAUCAGGCUGGGUGUACACUUCCGGCCAGUUAGACAGAGAGGUUCAAGCCAAAUACCAACUUCAGGUGACGGCAACAGACGGCGGCACCCCCCCUCGUUCGGCGACCGCGUCGCUGGCGGUGGUGGUUCAGGACGUGAACGACAACGACCCGGUUUUCUCGCCCGCGCACUACGACGUCGAGAUUGCGGAGGACGAGCCGCCCGGCACCCCUCUCGUCACGGUCACCGCCACCGACGCGGAUGAGGAUAACAGGUGAUGUGUUUACAGCCAAUGGCAAUAUCGACGAGGGAUGCAGCGUGAACUUUGUGUAGACAGCGAUGUUUUGGUACUCAUUAUUAAUACUAUUAAUGACUCCACUGCUGAGACUCAGACCUACCCUGAUGGAAUAAAAUCUAAUAGAGAGAAUGGGCCAUGAACCCCUAGUCAGCACUGACCAGUACGGUUUGGUGGGUAUUAACGACUGCAGAUGCAGCCGGGACUUUAAGCUUUACGCGCCUUCUGAAACGCGGAGGUUAAUAAAUUUUUGGUCAUCCAUCCUAUAACUGGCACUUGAGAAAGUUGCUUAACAAUUAUACAGACUUAGCGCGCUUAUCACUGGCCCACGUCGCCUCAUUUUACUAUAAGAUUUUACUGGAAAGAAAGUCCUAUUAUCCCGUCGUUUAUUUGUUGAAUUUCGUUAAUGGGCCCUCUGCACUGUGGACGAUAAUGGGUAGACCCAUUAGACUAAAUUUACAAAGCUAUUUUG